AUGGCGUCGCCAACUGUGUAUCCUUCCGUCGACGGCCUUCUGACACCAGAGAACGAGGGUCAUCGGUAUGCCAAGACCCCGCACCUAUGGGCUCUGGGCGUCGGCGCUGUCAUCGGAGGUGAAUUCUACGGUUGGCAGUCCUCGCUGAUCGCCGGCUUCAAUGGGCUCCUCAUCCUUCUGGUGUUCGUCACGACGCUCUACACGCUGCUGACAUUCUCCAUCGCCGAGAUGUCGGCGUCGAUCCCGUCGGGCGGUGGCCCGUACGUGUUUUCACUACACGGAAUCGGCCCCAAAGCCGCCUAUUUCGCUGGAUUAGCCGAGAUCGUCAAGGUCAUUUCGACUGUUGCAACGACCACGUACGGUAUCUUCCUGUACCUGGACGCACUGUUCGGUCUGAACACCAGCUACGCCCCGAUAUGGUGGAUCGGCACCAACGUCCUCUUCGUCUCGCUCAACAUCGUGGGGGUCGAGGCCACGUUCCGAGUACAAGUGUUCGCGACAUUUCUCUCGACAGCCAUGCUAGUCGUCUUCUACUGCGGUUCCUUCAGUCAAUUGGACUACACGACGUGGGUCGUGGACCAGAAUUGGGAGUGGACGACAUGGAGCGACUCGAUCCAAGGCCUUUCGUUCGCGUUGUGGUUCUACUUCGGUAUUGAGGAGAUGCCCCUUGCUGUGGAUGAGACCAUUGAGCCCGAGAAGAACAUGCCGCGUGGAAUCAUCUGGUCUAUGGUGACGCUCGUGAUCCUGGCCAUCCUCACGCUUGUGUGCAGUUCACUCAUUUCUCCAGGGGCUGCAGCGGUUUAUCAGACCACAGCCCCGCUGGUGACUGGAUACAAGAGCGUCUUUGGAGACAACAACGUCACUGCCGGGUUCACGUGGCUCACCUUCCUCACGAAAGUGCACCCCACCCGUGGAUCCGCGUACGCUGCGCUGAUCGCUGGGGGCGUUGCGAACCAGGUUCUCGCCAUCAGCCUGUUCUACAUUGUCGGGAUUGUGGACUUGGGGAGCGUGACGAUUAAUCUUGCGCUACUCGGAGCGCUGAUCUCGUACUCGUUCCAGUUGGUGUCGUUCAUUAUGCUGCGCAUCAACCAACCGGAUCGUCCGCGGCCAUACCGCAGCCCCUUCGGUAUUGCUGGUGCUGUGGUCUGCUUGUUCUUGUGCCUCGUGUGCUUUGCCGCCAUCAUCUACAGCGGCACGUCGAGCAACAACUUUCUCAUCGCAGUCAUUACUGCAGUGAUUAUAUUCGUGAUCGGGACAGUCUACUACUUCAAGGCGGUUCUACCACGUCUGAACAGCGAGAAGUUCAACCAAAUCUCGCCUCGGUCGUCCAAGAGUCUGCGGCAGAACCUCAUGAGCAUCCAGAGUAACGUGUAG